AAACAAAUUCAAUUGAAAUCCUAAAGUUUUUCUCUGCUGCCAAUUGAAAGUUCAAAUAGUAUUCAAAGUAUUUUGUUAUUGUUGUGUUAGAUAUAUCCUAAAAACAACAACAACAUCAACAUUAACACUAAUACGAUAAGCCAUGUCCUCAUUUCACGUCCAGAUCGUGUCCCAGGAGCCGGUAGACUGGGGCGAGAGUCCACAUUGGGACCAAUCAAGACAACGUCUAUCAUAUGUCGACUGUUUUGCCAAACGUAUCCAUCAGAUUGAUCCGGAAAGUGGUCGCUGCGAUCGCUACAACAUAGUGUCGGCCGCCAGCAAAUCGACACCGAUGACCACAAUGGCCAUACCGACCGAUAAUCAGUGUGACACCGAAUAUGUAAUCAGUUUGGGCAACUCAUUGGCCAAAUAUUUGCCAAAUUCAGGCGAUAUUUACAAGUUGGCCGACAUAGACGGUGGCACCUAUUUUAACGAUGGAAAGUGCGAUUCCCGGGGAAGGUUAUGGAUCGGAUCGUUUACAGGUGAACCGGGCAAUCCAAUGACAAUGGUCAAGGGUGCCGGUAAACUAUAUGAGUUUAGUAAUGAUACGUUGACCACCAAAUAUAAUGGACUAACCAUACCUAACGGCAUUACUUGGUCGUCGGACAAUAGCAAAUUGUUUGCCGUAGACACUAUGGAACGGGCUAUUUAUUAUUUCGACUACGAUAACUCUACGGCCACUAUCGGCAAAAAAAGGACAUUUUUUGCUUCAAACAGUGAGUUUAGCUUCAAAGGCACCGAAAUCCCAUACGGACUGACCGUCGAUCUUAAAGGUAACCUAUGGCUGGUUGUCUAUUACGGCGGAAAGAUAUUGAAUAUCGAUUCAAAUACAGCCAAAGUAAUCAAUAAAAUCGAUUUGUCCGCCAAUAUGGUGACCUCCGCGUGUUUCGGUGGCAUCGAAAUGAAUGAACUGUUUGUUACGUCCAGCAAUCGCGGACUACCCGCACCAGUUGUUAGCGCACAACAAGCGGGACACACGUUCAAAGUGACCUGUUUUAGGGAUAACUCGUUUAAAGGCCAGCCAUCCAACUGUUUUCGGUUACAGUAA